AUGGUGAUUGCCGGAGCGCCUGAGCCGUCGCCAGAGCGCGCUGCCGCCUGGUCGGCUGUCGUCGCCAAGCCUCCGUCGGGGCCCGAAAAGGCGACCAUGGCGACGAGACCCCCUGUAAUGCCAGCUUCGCGGCCCGUGACAACAGACGCUGAAAGGACUCCUCCCCCCGUACCCGCGGAUCCCCUUGGCGUGGGCGGGGCAGGCCCGUCUGCCCCUGUCGCUGCCCCGCCUGCUCCGGCUGUUGCUCCUGUUCUCCCCACCCUCCAUGUUGCGCCGAUGGGCUCCGCUCCUACUGGGGAGGGUGCUGGUCAUCCUGUUCCUGUUCUUGGCGCCCCCGUUCGCUUCUGUCCCCGCGACGUCUCUCGCCAAAGGAGGCGUCCGCCACCACUGGUGGCCCGAUCCCGAUGGUUGCGCCCCCAACGGUGGACCCGACUGCACCUGCUGUGCCGCCGACGACCCUGGAGGCGCAGCCGUCUCGUCCCCCGUCGCCGGACCGCCGUCAAUCUCGCCCCCAUUCUCCCGCGCCCCAGCAGGAGCGCGAGUCGUCGCGGCGCUGGCGCAACUCUCCCCGGCGCUACCAGCAACAGGCUCAGUGGCCUGCUCACCGCGGUGGUCGUGGUGGGUGGUGGGGACCCCGCGGACGUAGUGGAGUUUCCGCCAGUCCCGCCCGUGGCGGGAGUAGAGUUUGUGCCUGCGGGAGCAGGAGCGGCGACGGGGCAGUACCCUCCUCCCGUCGCGGGCGGCUUGGUCUCUCUUCCCGCCGCUGGCUCUCUUCCGUUUCUGGCGGAGGCACUUCAACCCCCGCAGGCCCGCGUUCUUGAGGCCGUUCUUGGCCAGUUGUUUCGUCUGGCUGAGAGCCUUCACGCCGUGCUGCUGAUUCAGGUGCUGGCACAUUCCUCGCUCCCCGCGAUUCCCCCUGACACUUUUGAGGAUCGGCCGCGUGAUGUGGGCCUGGACACGGCCGACCAGCUCGCGCAGCUCCUGGCACCCGUAUUGGCUGCGCCCUCGGAGGGUGGCGUUGCUGCUGCGGGACAGCUCGACAAUGCUGUCCGGGGCUUGAGGCGACACUUGCGCUCAGGUUCUGGAGCCGCUGCGAUCGGCGCAAGCACGCUUGUGGUCCGGGAGCUGUGGCGCUCUCUGACGGGCGUUCUUCACGCCCUUGGAGCUCACCGCAUGUAG